UUGGCUACCGAUUUCAUACUUACUCCCAUAUCUAAGAAUAAGCUGAGACUUCAUAACUAAAGAACAAAGAACAAUCAUCUUUCUUCUUCCAAAGGACAACGAGAAAAAAGUGGUUUCGACAGGACUUAUAUAUGGUUGAUUCAAUUGUAUCGUUCGGUGUUGAAAAGCUUUGGAAACUCCUGAGCCAAGAAUAUGAGCGAUUCCAGGGAGUUGAAGAGCAAAUUACGGAGCUAAGAGAUGAUCUGAAGAUGUUAAUGGCCUUUCUAUCUGAUGCAGAUGCAAAGAAACAAACCCGUGCACUUGCAAGAAACUGCCUUGAAGAGAUAAAGGAAAUCACUUAUGAUGCUGAGGAUAUAAUAGAAAUCUUUCUUCUAAAAGGCAGUGUCAACAUGAGAAGCCUUGCUUGCUUUCCAGGUGGUCGUAGGGAGAUUGCCUUGCAAAUCACAAGCAUCAGUAAGAGGAUCUCCAAGGUUAUCCAAGUUAUGCAGAAUUUAGGCAUAAAAUCAGACAUUAUGGACGGUGUGGAUUCGCAUGCUCAACUGGAAAGGAAAAGGGAGUUGCGUCAUACAUUUUCUAGUGAAUCUGAGAGCAAUCUUGUUGGUUUGGAGAAAAAUGUUGAGAAAUUGGUUGAAGAAUUGGUGGGAAACGAUAGCAGUCAUGGGGUAUCUAUUACUGGUUUGGGUGGUCUUGGCAAAACCACCCUUGCACGGCAAAUUUUUGAUCAUGAUAAGGUAAAAAGUCAUUUUGAUGGACUUGCGUGGGUGUGUGUAUCACAAGAGUUUACACGGAAAGAUGUGUGGAAAACCAUCUUGGGGAAUCUUAGUCCUAAAUAUAAAGACUCAGACUUGCCGGAAGACGAUAUUCAGAAGAAACUCUUUCAGUUGUUGGAAACAAAAAAAGCUUUGAUCGUCUUUGAUGACCUAUGGAAAAGAGAGGACUGGUACAGAAUAGCGCCCAUGUUUCCAGAGAGAAAAGCUGGUUGGAAGGUACUACUUACUUCACGCAACGAUGCAAUACAUCCACAUUGUGUGACUUUCAAACCAGAACUCUUAACUCAUGACGAAUGUUGGAAACUUUUACAAAGGAUAGCAUUUUCUAAGCAAAAAACAAUAACUGGAUAUAUAAUUGAUAAAGAAAUGGUAAAGAUGGCUAAGGAGAUGACAAAACAUUGUAAAAGACUACCAUUGGCUGUCAAACUGUUAGGCGGGUUAUUAGAUGCCAAACACACAUUGCGUCAGUGGAAACUGAUAUCUGAGAAUAUUAUAUCUCACAUAGUUGUUGGAGGGACUAGUUCCAAUGAAAACGAUAGCAGUUCGGUUAACCAUGUUCUGUCUUUGAGCUUUGAAGGAUUGCCUGGUUAUUUGAAGCACUGCUUACUCUACCUAGCCUCUUAUCCCGAAGAUCAUGAAAUCGAAAUAGAGAGAUUGUCUUAUGUCUGGGCUGCAGAAGGAAUAACAUAUCCUGGGAAUUACGAGGGAGCUACCAUUCGAGAUGUUGCGGAUCUCUACAUAGAAGAGUUAGUGAAGAGAAAUAUGGUUAUUUCCGAAAGAGACGCGUUGACUUCGAGAUUUGAAAAAUGUCAGUUGCAUGACUUGAUGAGGGAGAUUUGUUUGUUAAAAGCCAAGGAAGAGAACUUUUUACAGAUUGUUACUGAUCCAACCAGCAGCUCAAGCGUACACUCUCUAGCUUCUAGCAGAUCACGUAGACUCGUAGUGUACAACACCAGUAUUUUUAGUGGAGAGAACGAUAUGAAGAAUUCCAAACUUAGAUCUCUCUUGUUUAUUCCAGUUGGGUAUAGUAGGUUUUCGAUGGGAUCAAACUUCAUAGAGUUACCAUUGUUGAGGGUUUUAGAUCUCGAUGGAGCUAAAUUUAAAGGAGGGAAGUUACCCUCUAGCAUUGGAAAGCUCAUCCACUUGAAGUAUUUGAGUUUAUAUCAGGCAUCUGUAACUUAUUUACCUUCAUCUUUGCGGAACCUGAAGUCGCUGCUCUAUCUCAAUCUACGUAUAAAUUCUGGUCAGCUGAUUAACGUGCCCAAUGUCUUUAAAGAGAUGCUAGAACUGAGAUACCUCAGCUUACCAUGGGAAAGAAGUAGUUUGACAAAGUUGGAACUGGGUAAUCUACUCAAAUUGGAGACGUUGAUAAAUUUCUCAACAAAGGAUAGCAGUGUGACAGAUCUUCACCGUAUGACAAAGCUAAGGACCCUCCAAAUCUUAAUCAGUGGCGAGGGGUUGCAUAUGGAAACUCUGUCUUCAGCUCUAAGUAUGUUGGGACACUUGGAAGAUCUUACAGUAACACCUUCCGAGAAUUCCGUUCAGUUCAAGCACCCGAAGUUGAUAUAUAGGCCGAUGUUACCUGAUGUGCAACAUUUUCCUUCUCAUCUUACAACCAUAUCUCUAGUAUAUUGUUUUUUGGAGGAGGAUCCGAUGCCAACUCUAGAGAAACUGCUACAACUGAAAGUGGUUUCUUUAUGGUACAACGCCUAUGUUGGGAGGAGAAUGGUUUGCACCGGCGGUGGGUUUCCUCCAUUGCACAGGCUUGAAAUAUGGGGACUAGAUGCCUUGGAAGAGUGGAUAGUAGAAGAAGGCUCCAUGCCCCUUCUUCAUACUCUGCAUAUUGUAGACUGUAAGAAAUUAAAGGAGAUUCCAGAUGGGCUGCGAUUUAUCAGUUCAUUAAAGGAAUUGGCUAUCCGCACAAAUGAAAAAGUAUUUCAGAAGAAGGUAUCCAAAGGAGGAGAAGAUUACUAUAAAAUGCAACACGUCCCUCUUAUUCGAUAUAACUGGCCACAAGAACCAGAAAACAACGAGGUCAAUUAAUAUCUUCUCAGUUGGAUUGUGAGGCUAUAAUAUCAUAAUAACUGUGUUGCAUUGUGUUGAUGUGUUUUGGCUCCUAAUCAAACUAUUGGCUACUGUUCCACUACCAUACUAAAUGAACAAAAAUACAGUUCUAUUCUUUCUUUUUUUUAAUUAUCAUGGUGUUUGUAUGGUAAGUCAUUAUUAAAACAAGUUAUUUGGUCUGCUUUCUGUUCUGUUUAUCAAAUUGAUUACCUUUUCG